UUGCCAAGAACGCCGCUUGUCUGUCGUGACCUUUCACCUUCCAUCAGCUGAUUGGCCACGCCCCCUCCGGCACAGUAAGUUCAACAUGGCGGCAAAGGGAAAAGUUGGAAUUAUCGGAAGUGGCCUGAUAGGCCGAGGCUGGGCGAUGCUGUUCGCGGCGUCAGGGUACGAGGUUUGUCUGUUCGACAUCCUGCCUGAACAGGUGUCAGGGGCACUGGACAACAUCAAAAUGUGCCUCCAGGACCUGCAGAAAGCCGGCCUGCUGCGUGGCAGCCUGACGGCAGAUGAGCAGUUCGGUCUGAUUUCUGGCUGCAGCGAUUUUAAUGCGGCCUGUCAGGGGGCGCUGCAUGUCCAGGAGUGUGUCCCAGAGAACCUGGAGCUGAAGAAGAAGAUUUUCAGCCAGCUGGAUGCGGUUGCCGAUGACAACAUGGUUCUGUCGAGCUCCACGUCCUGUAUCCUGCCCUCCAAGAUCUUCUCUGGGCUCAAACAUGUCAAACAGUGCAUCGUGGCACAUCCGGUGAACCCUCCGUACUACGUCCCCCUGGUGGAGCUCAUCCCCCACCCCGAGACGGAGCAGAGCAUCAUGGACCGUACCCGCGCUCUGAUGAAGGAGAUCGGCCAAUCACCAGUCAGCCUGAAGAAAGAGGUGGACGGGUUCGCUCUGAACAGGAUACAGUACGCCAUUAUUGCAGAGUCAUGGAGACUCAUACAGGAUGGUGUGAUGUCCCCAGAGGAUGUGGACACCGUGAUGUCGGCCGGUUUGGGCCGGAGGUACGCCUUCAUGGGGCCACUGGAGGUCAUGCACCUGAACGCUGAAGGGAUGAAGAGCUAUGUAGAACGUUAUGGUGAGACCAUGCAGAGGGUGCUCUCCACGUUCGGCCCCAUCCCAGACUUCAGCGGCCCGGCGCUGGAAACGGUCGAUGCCGCCAUGACCAAUCAGACCCCCUCAACCCCCGAGGCCCUGACGGAGCGGAGGAGGUGGCGGGACGCUCGGCUAACAGGGCUGGCCAGACUCCAGUCUGACAUGGACAACAGUAGUUAAAGUCCUUCUCAUCUUUUUACAUCACUCAAAUUAAUUGUUUAUCUUGUGUUGAAAUGAAAGUGUAACUGUCCAGUAUGAGGUCAAUUACUAACAUUAACACUUGUUAAUUUUGAUGCCAGUAGUCUUGGUCCCUCAAUUAAGACACAUUUUAUUUCUAAAUCACUUACAGAAGAUGCCAUGCCUGCUGUAAUAUGUGAUAAUUAUUUUGUUAGAAUGACACAUUUGUGUUAAUGUUUGUUUGUUCAUUUGUUUGCACAAAUGUCAAGACCAAAACAGUCAGUGUUGGUCUGGAUAAAGCCAGUAUAGUCAGUAUAGCCAGUAAAGCCAUAUAA